ACACACACACACACACACACACACACACACACACACACACACACACACACACACACACACACACACACACACACACAAGCAAACAAACAAACCUAAUACUGCACCGAAUUUCAGAUACAAGCUACUUGUGGCUGACAGCUGGGGCGGACCGCAGGCUGAUGGCGGAUCGAUCACAGGUAUGAUUGGCAUGGUGUCUCGGAGGGAAGUUGAGUUUGCCAUCGACGAAAUAACUGUCACAGGAGCCCGCGAAGCCGUGUUGGACUUCACCAAGCCGUAUUUCAUGGAGUCCAUCACGAUUGUCAGCCGAGCGCCCGCCGAGAAAAGCCGGGCGAUGGCCGUUUUCUCGCCCUUUACGCCUGGGGUUUGGGCAGCACUAGUCGUGUCAGUCGCGAUAAUUGGUCCGUUGUUAGCGAUAGUUAACCACUUUACGUCGUUCUGCCUCGGGGAAAAACAUCGCUUCAGCACACGUGAUUUUGCGUUUAACAUGUUCCGCAAUUUGGUGGUACAAGGUAACCUCAUUUCGUCCGCGCGCUGGCCUCUGCGAUGCAUAUUCUUCUCGUGGUACCUCUUCUGCUUCUAUGUCUGUGCCUUGUACUCCGGGACGCUGACUGCCGUGCUGGCCAUCCCUGCCUUUGAGAAGCCGAUCGACUCUCUGGCGGACCUGCUGCGGGCCGUGAAAGAGGAUGGUUUCAGUCCUCUGUUCAUCCACGAUACCUCCAAUGUGCACAUCCUGAAGGAAGCCACGUCGGGAAUAUAUAAGGAGAUCUGGGACCGAUUUGAGCCUGACAGUGGCUACGUGUUCAGCGCCAAUGAGGGGGUCGAUAAGGUCCUGACGGGGAAAUUCGGCUUCAUCAACGCGUGGUUGGCGUCCGAGAUCCGAAUCAGCGCUCGAGGCAAGGAGAAGUACCACUUGGCUCGCCAGACUUACUACCCUCAGAGAUACGGCGUCGCCCUCCACUCCGGGGCUCCGUACUUGACCGUUUUUAACAAGAAGCUGAACCCAGCUGGUGGAAUCCGGCCUCAUCGGCAAGUGGAGGCGAGACGUGAUCGGAAGGGCGUCCGGGAACGUAGAUGGCGAAGGCCCCCACGGAGGUCCCGGCGCCAUCACCCUGACGCAUCUGCAGGCCGCCUUCUUCGUGCUCGGAGUGGGGCUCCUCGUGGCAUCCUUCGCUCUGGGCUGCGAGGUCGGCUUCUGCAGAGGGCGAGGCAGGAGGGAGCGUGAGGAUAAACCUGGAACCUCGCCUUCAUUUAGAACUGGACGCUAGUUUUCACGAGUUGGCGGGAUUUUCUAUUUUCAGAAUUGUUAUUAUCCUUACAUAUCAUAGGGGUUUAGGGAUUUGUAGGGACUUAUAACUAGAUUUUAAAAAAAUAUCUAAAGGGGUAUUUCCCAAGGAAUGUUUGAAUUAUAACUCGAUGUUGUAUUAUUUAUAUGCGAAGGGCAAUGAAUAUCAUUCUCUGUGCAUUGUGGGCGUAAGAGAAAUGUGUAAAAUAGGAUGUGAAAAUCGGUAAAGGAAAACAAUUUAUAAACCUAUAAAAUCACAUUUUUAUUGACUUUUAUAUUUAUCUUGUGGUAAUUUCUUCAAGUAACAUAUGAUUA